AUGGGCCAAAUGGGUUUUCCUAACAAAUGGUGCCUCUUGGUGAAGGGGAUUCUUGAGUCUGCUAGAUCGGCCGUCUUGGUCAAUGGAUCGCCCACGUUCGAAUUUCAAUGUCAAAAGGGGAUCAGGCAAGGAGAUCCUCUUUCUCCGUUUUUAUUUCUUAUCGUUAAGGAGGCUUUCUCAUCUAUAUCGAGGGAUAAUAUUGAGAAAACAGCAAAGUUACUUAGAGUUUUCUAUAUUUGCUCGGGGUUGAAAAUAAAUUUAAAGAAAUCUCGUUUGUUUGGCAUUGGCUUUGAAGGUGAAGAGGCAUGUGAUAUGGCGAGUAUUUUGGGGUGUAGAGUGGGGGAGUUCCCCUUUGACUAUUUGGGGAUUAAAGUUGGAGCGAAUAUGAAUAAGAUCUGCCAUUGGGAUUCGGUUAUUGACACGGUUAAACGUCGAUUAGCUUCUUGGAAGGCCAAUAUGCUAUCCAUGGGAAGCAGACUUACCUUAAUCAAAUCGGUGCUGGCUAGUUUGCCCGUCUACUACUUAUCUAUAUACAAAGCCCCAAGUAAAGUGACGGAUCUUAUAGAAAAUUGA